AUGCUGUAUGAGGUGUUUGCUCGUAGCUCAGCGAACUGUGAGGCAGGCCUGCAGCAGCUCAGGUGUUGCGAGUGCCUAAGAUGCUGUGGGAGAAGAGACCCGAGGCCUCGUACUGUUUGGCUUGGCCACCCGGAAAAGAGGGACCAGAGGUACCCUCGCAAUGUGAUCAACAACCAGAAAUACAACUUUUUUACUUUCCUCCCUGGGGUGUUGUUUAACCAGUUCAAAUACUUCUUCAAUCUUUAUUUCUUGCUUUUGGCCUGCUCUCAAUUCGUCGUUGAAAUGAGGCUUGGUGCACUUUACACAUACUGGGUUCCUCUGGGAUUCGUGCUUGCCGUCACAGUCAUCCGCGAGGCAACGGAGGAGAUCCGAUGCUACAUGCGCGACAAGGAAGUGAACUCGCAGAUCUACAGCAAGCUCACGGCGAGAGGGACCGUGAAGGUGAAGAGCUCUAACAUACAAGUCGGCGACCUCAUCAUCGUUGAAAAGAACCAGCGGGUCCCUGCUGACAUGAUCUUCCUGAGGACGUCGGAGAAGAAUGGAUCUUGUUUCCUUCGCACCGAUCAGCUGGAUGGUGAGACGGACUGGAAACUGCGCCUGCCUGUGACCUGUACCCAGAGAUUGCCAACCGCUUCUGAUCUACUUCAAAUCCGAUCCUACGUAUAUGCAGAAGAGCCCAAUAUUGAUAUACAUAAUUUUGUGGGGACCUUCACAAGGGAGGACAGUGACCCUCCAGUGAAUGAAAGUUUAAGCAUAGAAAACACCCUAUGGGCCAGCACAGUGAUCGCAUCAGGUACUGUUGUGGGAGUUGUUCUCUACACUGGAAGGGAACUACGCAGUGUGAUGAAUGCUUCAAACCCUAGAAGUAAGAUUGGUCUCUUUGACUUGGAAGUGAACUGUCUCACCAAGAUCCUGUUUGGGGCGCUUGUGGUAGUCUCACUCGUCAUGGUGGCCCUUCAGCAUUUUGCUGGCCGUUGGUAUCUUCAGAUCAUAAGAUUUCUCCUUCUUUUCUCAAACAUCAUUCCGAUUAGUUUACGUGUGAAUCUGGACAUGGGGAAAAUUGUCUACAGCUGGGUGAUUCGCAGAGAUUCCAAAAUCCCUGGGACGGUCGUUCGAUCCAGCACCAUUCCAGAGCAGCUGGGGCGGAUAUCCUAUUUGCUCACAGAUAAAACAGGAACCCUCACACAGAACGAGAUGGUUUUCAAAAGGCUUCACCUGGGAACAGUAGCUUACGGUCUGGACUCCAUGGACGAAGUGCAGAGCCACAUAUUCAGUAUAUAUACGCAGCAAUCCCAGGACCCACCCGCUCUGAAGGGCGUUACCUUAGCCACCAAGGUGCGAAAAACCAUGAGCAGCCGAGUGCACGAGGCAGUGAAGGCGAUCGCCCUGUGCCACAAUGUCACACCAGUGUACGAGUCCAACGGCGUGACGGAUCAGGCUGAAGCUGAGAGACACUAUGAAGAUUCCUGCAGGGUGUACCAGGCUUCCAGUCCCGAUGAGGUGGCCCUGGUCCAGUGGACGGAGAGUGUGGGCUUAACCCUGGUGGGCAGAGACCAGUCCUCCAUGCAGCUGAGGACACCGGGUGGCCAGAUACUGAACUUCACCAUCCUCCAGAUCUUCCCCUUCACUUAUGAAAGCAAACGAAUGGGAAUAAUCGUUCGGGAUGAAUCAACAGGAGAGAUCACUUUCUACAUGAAGGGGGCUGAUGUGGUCAUGGCUGGCAUCGUGCAGUACAACGACUGGCUGGAAGAAGAGUGUGGUAACAUGGCUAGGGAAGGCCUGAGGGUUCUUGUUGUAGCCAAGAAGUCUCUGACUGAGGAGCAGUAUCAAGACUUUGAAGCUCGCUAUGUGCAGGCGAAGCUGAGUGUGCACGAUCGCUCGCUGAAGGUGGCCACAGUGAUCGAGAGCCUGGAGAUGGAGAUGGAGCUGCUGUGCCUCACUGGAGUGGAGGAUCAGCUGCAGACAGACGUCCGACCUACUCUGGAGACACUGAGAAACGCUGGCAUUAAGGUGUGGAUGCUGACAGGGGAUAAGUUAGAGACAGCCACGUGUACAGCGAAGAAUGCACAUUUGGUGACAAGAACACAGGACAUCCAUAUAUUCAGACUAGUGACUAACCGUGGAGAAGCCCAUUUAGAGCUGAAUGCCUUCCGCCGGAAACAUGACUGCGCGCUUGUUAUUUCUGGCGACUCACUGGAGGUGUGUCUGAAAUACUAUGAGUAUGAGUUCAUGGAGCUGGCUUGCCAGUGCCCUGCUGUGGUGUGCUGCAGAUGCGCACCAACGCAGAAGGCCCAGAUCGUGCGCUUGCUCCAGGAGAGAACCGGGAAACUCACCUGUGCAGUAGGUGAUGGAGGGAAUGACGUCAGCAUGAUCCAGGAGGCUGACUGUGGUGUUGGAGUUGAAGGAAAGGAAGGAAAACAAGCAUCGCUUGCAGCAGAUUUCUCUAUCACACAGUUUAAACAUCUGGGCCGUUUACUAAUGGUGCAUGGAAGGAACAGUUACAAAAGGUCGGCAGCUCUCAGCCAGUUUGUAAUCCACAGGAGCUUGUGCAUCAGUACAAUGCAGGCUGUUUUCUCGUCAGUAUUUUACUUUGCUUCAGUUCCUCUCUACCAGGGCUUUCUCAUCAUUGGGUACUCCACAAUUUACACCAUGUUUCCAGUGUUUUCUCUAGUCCUGGACAAGGAUGUUAAGUCUGAAGUUGCAAUGUUGUACCCAGAACUCUACAAAGAUCUUCUAAAGGGGCGACCGUUAUCAUACAAAACGUUUUUGAUAUGGGUCUUGAUAAGCAUCUAUCAAGGUAGCAUCAUUAUGUAUGGAGCACUUCUCCUCUUUGAAUCAGAAUUUGUCCACAUCGUCGCCAUUUCCUUCACAUCCUUGAUUCUCACCGAGUUGCUGAUGGUGGCGUUGACAAUCCAGACGUGGCAUUGGCUCAUGAUAGUGGCUGAACUCCUUAGUCUCUCUUGCUACAUAGCUUCUCUGGUCUUCUUACAUGAGUUUAUUGAUGUUUACUUCAUUGCAACCCUGUCGUUCUUGUGGAAGGUCACCGUCAUCACCCUGGUGAGCUGCCUCCCCCUCUACGUCCUGAAGUACCUGAGGCGAAGGUUUUCUCCCCCGAGCUAUUCAAAGCUCACGUCAUAGGGCUGCUCUCCUGGCCCACCAGAGACAAAUAUUGCACAUGGCUGAGAGACAAAAAUCGUGUAGUUGUUACUAUACCGAAUACAUGUGGUAUUUGUGUAAGGAUCACAUGGUGAUCUCUGCUACAUGCUGCUUUAUUGAGAAAGACUUAACAACUGCCGUGACCAGAAACCUAACGAUAAAUGUGAGUUUUUGGAGGGUGAAGGCUCUUGUUAGUUCAUCCAAUUUUUGUCACUUUUGUUCAACUGACUUGGGGCAGAAUGCAUGCAACUGCAAUGAUGAUUGCUUUCUCAUGUGUGAGGCAGAGUAUCUGAAAGCUGCUAACUGACCUUGGAAUUUAUAUGUGAUGAAAAUUUUAAGUUACUUUUUAAGUAUCUGUGAUGUUCUUUACAUGUUGUUACGUUGUUUUAUAUUAUUUAUCUUUUUGAUUCAAGUAGGUACAUUCUUUCUCCAUCUUGGAAAACCCUUACUGUAGGUGAGGCACUGUACUGCUAACAGCCAAUCCCUGAUUUGUGCCAUGCCUUUCUCAUAACGGAGCUCCAGCGUGCUGGAUCUACACAUGUUUCAGAAUCUAAGCCUGUCCGAGAUUUUCCUUCCGUUGAAUUGUGGUUAACCUAGUGUUUUUGGCGCUAUCCAGCCAUUGAUAAAUAUAGAGAAAUUUAGAGAUAAAUACAGAGAAAUAUAUCCCAAAGUAAAGAAAAUUCCAUUUUGUUUAGCUUUUGUGCUUCCUGUUAAAGGGAACUGGUGACAUAAUAGCUUAACUCUGUAUUUAUUUGUAUAGGAGAAAAUUAUCUAAAUUAAAAAACCCUGUUGGAAAGAAAUUUGCAGCUGAUCAGCCUUAAAAUGUGUUGACAACGUGAGAAGCGACUCGUACGGCUCCGCAGACAAUGCGGCAGACAUGUCUUGAAUCCUUGGAGACUGAAAGGAAAGGUCAUGGAGCUGCUGCUCCUCACAGCUACACAAAAUCUGUUUCCUGUUAGGAUGAAAUAGUGAAGAUGAGCCACAAAUAAGCUGAGGCACUCUAAGUGGAUGUUGUUCGUGACACAGUCUUUGCAGAGAGGCAGUUUUUGAGAACUUGUUUGCUCUAAAAACUAAACCUGAAUUGGAGAGGCAGGCACGGAGGCUGUACCAUGGGCACUAGACUAGUAUGCAGAGCAAAUUAGGUUUUUCAUUUUUUUUAACCUUUAAAAAUCUCAGUGAGUUUUGUUUUUAUCAUAAGCAUUGGUCCACGUUAUAAAACAGACUGCUCAAGCGAACGACAGUCAGUUAAAGGAACCUUGAAGGGUUGAACGUGGCUGAGCUUUCAGUGACUGCCAGUCUCAUCUAGUGACUGUUUAGUCUGUGAUGAAUUAGUUGCUUGCUGUCUCGUUCCCACAUCAUAAAACCCACCAUUGUAGCUGGCAUUGCUUGGUGCCCUGGUUGGUAGGCUGUGUGGAGGCCAGAAGCGGUGGAUCCCAGCAGCCUGAACUCCCUUCUCCUCUCUAAAGACCAGAUCAGGGAAGUCGUGCUGGUACGAGGAGCAGAAGCUCCUUUGGCUUCCCUGUGCCGUGCUGGACCUCCUUUAAUGGAGCGCCAGCUUCUGCUGCCAUUGCACAGGUGUCCCACUGUCGCAAGCAGCACAAUGCUGCAUAAAAAGCUCUACUGAGAAAAUCGGAGUGGAAAAUGGGUGUCUGGUUUUAAAAUGAGAGAUGCAGUCUCUAUUGAGCCGUAGUGGUGCAUCUUGAAUUUUCAGAUCUGAGAAGCCAUGUUUAUGGGGCUGAUGCAUGCUAAGUACCGUGAGCAAGGUUUUGCACAACCUGGCCUGCCUUCCUUGCUCUGAAUUACUGUGAGUAAAUAUCAAAGAUGAGGUGAAGCAAGUUCCGAAAGAUUUGGAGAAAAACUGGACGUGCACGCGGCUCAGGGGGAGAGGAGGGUGCAACUAAGUAAGACCCUGUUAUUUUGUGUGAGGCAACCCUAAGGAGGCUAGACGGCUUCCCUAAAGAAACCUAGAGAGUAAAUAGCAGCAGUGCCUGGGAUGGCGCUCCAGUGGGGCGGACCGAAGGGUGCUGCGUCCUUCCGCUGCCGCCUUUCUUCUCUGGAGCAAACCCACUCUUCGUGAUGUAGAUGCGAUGUUCUCCUUCAGCCUUUUUCUCUUAAUAGCCUCUUUGGUAGCAACCCUAUUUCUCUGCCAUCCAAAAAGGCCUCUCAGACUGUGGAUAUCCUGUUGGAUUUAUUUAUUUGUAGGAAACACACUGAACUGGGAAGACUGCAAAAUAGGCAGCUUCUCCCAUUCUCCUUGGGCACUGGCUUUUCAGUGGCGCUCCUGCAGGUCUAGAGAAAAAGCAAAAAACACGCACAGUUUCUUCCUACCACAUUGAUUUUGUGUCCUUUUACUUCUCUCCCGUUUGCUUUUCUGCUUUUCCAGGGGAGGGAGUCAAUCGUAUCAAUACAGGCGAUAGGUACUACUGUGUCCCCUUUGGGAGUGCAAUGUGUGUUUUAGAAGGCAAAAACACAAAAAACACAAGAAAUAGUCCCUCCCCUCAAAAAGUUAGUUCCAACGGUGUCCUCUGUGUGUGCUUAAUUUAGAAAGUUUUGUUUCAAAAUCCUUGAGGAAUAAGAACGGUAAACACUUUAAUCUAAAACAAUGGCUUUUCUUUUGUGCUCCCUUCUGAUUAGGCUCUUUUUUGGGGUCCUAAUACUUAGCACCCACCUUUAUAAACAACCUAGUGACUAAAGACAUUUAGCUAAUUCUUGGUAUUCAUCUUUUCAGUAAUGGUUUUAAAUUUUACCUUUAUUUCCUUCUCUUCUAAAUUUUUCCAGAACAAAAAUUCAGCCCUUUUACUUGUAUAUUCAAAUUGGGAGAGGCCCUGAAAGUCCCAUAUUUUUAAGUGAUUUGUCUGACAGAAGAAAAGCCGUGCCUGAAGAGCCCUAUUGUGGAAGAAUUGGGCUAUCAGCCUUUUGUGAAUUUUGCCGCUUUGCCAAAAAGGUUCUUAAUGUCGUCUUUGUCGUGACUUGCUACAGCUCCUGGAUGGUGUCAGCCUUGCAGAUGCUCUGGAUUCCCCAAUCAAUAUUUGAUUUAAGUAGAUUUAGAUAUGACAGUCAGGAAAUUUUCUUUUUUUUUUUUUUUUGGCAACUUUUGUGACUGACAAGUCAAGUCUCUCUUAUUCUUUGGAAAAUACAUGACAGCGUACAUCUUUGUAAAAACCCUGUCCUUAUCUGUUGUGUAUUAGUAGUUAAACGUCCUGCGACAAUAACAGUGCCAUGCUACUGUAUGUAAAUAUUUGAGAAGUAUAUAUGGUAGAAUUCACUGUUUCCUGAAGUCAAUACAGUUUACACUGAGUGGACCAUAUUUGCAAAAUACUAGUUUAUACCAAGAAAGGGAGUGAAUUGUGAUUUCAGUAAUAUUUAUUGAAUCAUAACUUUAAUAAGGAACUUGUAUUUAGUGCGUUGCUAGUAAUUUGUAGCUGUGUUUUGGGUGGGGGUUAUGUUCCUUUGCGGCUAGUUUUUUGCACGAGGUUGUAAAUCCAGGAAGCAAUUUCUCUCUAGGUACACGUUGCGUUUUUUUAAAGCAAUCGGAAAAUUAAAACUGCUGUCUAACAAACAGCCGCAGCAAGGAAUGAUUGUUGCAUUUUCCAUGCUUAGCACGUUGUAAACUAUUUCCCUUAAGUUAUUUAAAAAUUUUUUUUGGAAAAGAAAGUUUAAUGCAUGUGUUCAUACUGCAUAGUUGAAUAAAUGUAUCUUUGCUGGAAAUUAAUUUCAUCUUUUUCCUCUAGUAUGCUCAUAACUUGUACAGAGUGAAGCAGUUUUCCUCCUCUGUGUAGUAUUUUUUUUGGUCAUAGAAUUUAUUUUGUGUUCUUAUUCCUUUGUUUUAAUGUUCUGUGUACUGUAGCAGUUCAUAUAACUUGUGUGCUUUGCAACUGCUGCAGACGAUGCCGUGGGACAGCAGCAUACGUCACCCCGUGGGCUCUUGCUCCCGCGGCUGCUUCUGGAAGGUGUCCAGCCAGUGCUUUGUUUCUUCUGUGGGUGGUUAACGUGUAGUUUUGUGACAAACCCUGUUCUGUCCUUCAUCGCUGCAGUAAUUCAGGGUGUGCUGUCACCCUCAUUUUAUUUUAUUUUAUUUUAUUUUAUUUUUUAACUCUUAUAUGCGUUUCCUCCCCUCUGUAUCAUACACCUUACCUGGAAAUGCCACCGAGCUUGUCCUGUUUGUUGUGGUUUUGCUCAGUUCAUAGUCAAAUUGCAACGUGACACUCUUAAUUCGACAGCAACAGCCUAAAUUUGUGCAGUGUCCUAUCGCAGUGGGGUUGGUGAGUGAUGAGUGACAUCCCUAAUGUGCCCUCAGUCGAGAAAUAUGUGCUGAGAGCUUCAGCUGUGGCUGGACCAAACUGAGCAGCACCCAACCUAUUGUUUUCCUGUGGUCUGCUGAACUAUCACAAUUAAAAGCAAUGAUGAGCUCUCUUACCCUCUGCAACUCCUGAGGGAAAUUUUGCUAUAGUUGGGCAGGGAUCGAGUUACAUGUAUGAAUCCCUAAAGCCUGUGUUUUGUUUUUCUUCUCUGAAAAGAGCUGCUCCAUCAUCAGAUGUAUAAAUCUUUAGUUUGCACAUACAGUGCUCUCAACCACAUAGGCGCACUGCUAAUUGCAUGCAGCUCACCAUCAUGAGUCCUUUGCACAGAGCUGUCCAGGUGGGAGCAGACUCAUCUCCGCAGUUGCAUGGCCAAGGCCUGAUCCAUUUCCCACUGGAGUUUUCAGGAUGAGAUGAAUGGGCUAUUUUAUUUACUUAUUUAAGUAUUGCAUAAUUAAUAGUCUUUGAUUUGCAUGAAAUCCUGGGUUCUACAGCUUUGCCGAUAUGGUCCACUAUUACUGCCUACUACAACUUGUGUACUUAUAUGCCUUUCAAAAUAUUUAUAAUUGUCAAAGUUGUUUAAAAAUGUUAAUUUAAUUUAAUUUUUAAUUGGGGAAAUGGAUUCUGGUGUCAAAAUGAUAUUUACUGUGAUGCCGAUGUUUUGUACCUGUCAUCUAGUUAAACAACAUGUAAAUACUCUUGAUUCAAGAGAAAUAUGAAUGCCAAUUAUUUAUUGUUCUGUGGAGCUAUAUGUUGCAGAUGUGUAAGAACAUAAAAGGGAAUGUUGUAAAACAAGGUGGAAAAAAUAAAUUUUAUGCAACCUCUUUAUUUCA